AUUUUUUCUUGGUAUUUGUCUCUCAACCGUUUAUAUUUAGUCGCUCAUAUGCCAUCAUCAACCUCUUACCCCUCCAAAUUCCCUCUCUUCCUCUCAACAACAUUGUAUUUAAUCUUACCUACUUGUCCCUCCAAUUCUCUCGAGUGAUCUUUCCUUGAUCAAACCUCGAGAUACUACCAGAGUCCUAUUAAACGAAUUCCAUCUUCACACUUGAACCAGAUAAGAUAAAAUGGUCGUCAAGGUUGGCAUCAACGGAUUUGGCCGUAUCGGCCGUAUCGUCUUCCGCAAUGCUGUCGAGCACGAUGACAUUGAGGUCGUUGCUGUCAACGAUCCCUUCAUCGAGACUCACUACGCUGAAUACAUGCUGAAGUAUGACUCUACCCACGGCAACUUCAAGGGAACCGUCUCCUACGACAGCGAUGGUCUCAUUGUCAACGACAAGAAGGUCAUGUUCUACCAAAAGCGUAACCCCGAUGAGAUCCCUUGGAGCGAGACUGGUGCUGAGUACAUCGUCGAGUCGACUGGUGUGUUCACCACCACCGACAAGGCCGCGGCUCACUUGAAGGGUGGUGCCAAGAAGGUCGUCAUCUCCGCCCCUUCUGCUGAUGCCCCCAUGUACGUGAUGGGUGUCAACGAGAAGACCUACGACGGCAAGGCCGACGUUAUCUCCAACGCUUCCUGCACAACCAACUGCCUUGCUCCCCUUGCCAAGGUCAUCCACGACAAGUUCACCAUCAUUGAGGGUCUCAUGACCACUGUCCACUCCUACACUGCCACACAAAAGACUGUCGACGGUCCCUCCAACAAGGACUGGCGAGGUGGCCGUACCGCUGCUCAGAACAUCAUUCCCAGCAGCACCGGUGCCGCCAAGGCCGUCGGCAAGGUCAUCCCCGACCUUAACGGCAAGCUCACUGGAAUGUCCAUGCGUGUUCCUACCUCCAACGUCUCCGUUGUCGACUUGACCAUCCGUAUCGAGAAGGCUGCUAGCUACGAUGAGAUCAAGGAGGCCAUCAAGGAGGCCGCUGACGGCCCCCUCAACGGAAUCCUCGCCUACACCGAGGACGAUGUUGUCUCUAGCGACUUGAACGGCAACACCAACUCUUCCAUCUUUGAUGCCAAGGCUGGUAUCUCCUUGAACAAGAACUUCGUCAAGCUCGUCAGCUGGUACGACAACGAGUGGGGAUACAGCCGACGUGUCCUUGACCUCCUCUCCUAUAUUGCCAAGGUUGAUGCCGGCAAGUAAAUUACCGAACUACUUAGACUUUAAUGAAUGAAAGCUCUGGCGGCGUCAAAAUGUGCGGGCGGCUUUCAUUGAAUCAUUGAAAUACAGGCUGAGGAACAUGGCUGGGCUCUGGUUUGGGCUGUAUGACACAAGUAGUACUCGUAAAGAAAGAAUACAAAAAAAAUAUCUAUG